AUGGGGGAUUUUAAUGAUGUGCGGGAUGAAAGUGAGCGUAUGAACUCCGAGUUUGUUGAAGCUAAUGCGAGGGCCUUCAAUGAUUUUAUUCUAUCGGCUGGACUUGUGGAAUAUAAUAUGGGUGGUGGUAAUUUCACCUAUAUUUCGGAUAAUGGUAAAAAACUGAGUAAAUUGGAUUGGUUUCUUGUGUGUUUGGGGUUAAGGGAGAGAUGGCCAAAUGCGAGUGUGGUUGCUUUGGCUAGGGAAGUUUCGGAUCAUCGGCCUAUUGUUCUCUCCACCGUCCAGUCAGAUUUUGGUCAUAUCCCAUUCAGAUUUUUUAAUUCAUGGUUUGAAUAUUCUGGCUUUCUCGAAUUUGUUCUUAAAAAAUGUGAUGCGUUUCACUUCUCGGGGCCGGAGGAUCUUGCACUAGCAAUUAAAUUCAGGUGGCUAAAAAAUAAAAUCAAAGCACGACUGAAAUUGGAAAAGGAAAGAAGAGAAGGGAUCUAUGGUGGGAAAAAGAGGAGAUUGGAAUUCAUUGAAAAUCUGGCGGAGGAAAGAAUUCUUGAGGAAGAUGAAUUGGCCGAACGGGCGGAAUGUCGGAACUACGUGGCUGAAUUUGAAAGAAUUAAACAGUUGGAUUUGUGCCAGAAAUCCAGGUCCAAGUGGGCUAUUGAAGGUGAUGAAAACUCUGCAUUUUUUAAUCACAUUAUUAAUUCUAAUAUCAGUACGAAUAGAUUGAAUGGUUUAUUGAUUGAUGGUGAGUGGAAUACUAAUCCUCUAUCCAUUAAAGAAGCUUUGUAUGAAUUUUUUCAUCACUAG